GCCUGCGCCUAGGCUCCCGGCCACGCCCCUUGUUGCUACGGCAACGAACGACGGCGGCAGCGGCUGCCUGUCUUGAAGGCCUCAUGUCCCUACCGGAGCCGGUCAGGCGUCGGCUCAACUCUUUCAGCCGCACGGUCUUUACUGACAACAGCCGCACGGGGCCCGAGAGCGGAGGCGACGACGUUCCGGAUAUUGAAAUAGUUUCCAGUUUACCUUUGCAGAUGUCCCUCUAUUUCAACCUCUGCUUUUUUCCAUUUUGGUGGCUGAGCAAUAUCCUCAUGUUGCAGCUGAAGUAUCCAGUCUUACCUGACUACUACAAGUUCAUCCUUGUGACAAUUGCUAUAUUAACGUCUCUGAUUGAGAUUAUCCGCCUAUACCUAGGAUACAUGGGAAAUUUGCAGGAGAAGGUUCCAGAGCUAGCUGGAUUUUGGCUCCUGAGUAUUCUUUUGCAGCUGCCCUUAAUUCUCUUCCUGCUUUUAAACGAAGGUCUGAAGAUCCAACCACUGGAACGAGCAGUGAACAUCAUCUUUAUAGUGUUCCUUGCGUUCCAAGUCAUUUCUGCCUUCCUUGCCCUCAAAAAAAUGGUGAACCAACUGGCAACUCGUUUCCACCUUCAUGAAUUUGACCAACUAGGUGAUGAUUUGUCCUCUGAGAAGCGGGUCUGGAAGAAAGGAAGGCUGGAAACCUCAUGGGUUAUGAGCCCCCCUAUAGAAGAAAUUUCCUCAGCAAGUGGUGGAUGGGGACCUUCCCUGAGAACUUGAGGGUCACGAGGAAGCCAUGCCCGAUGCCAUUUUUUGUGCCUUUAUUGUUUGUGUUUUGGAGAACCCAACUUAUGCAUUCCUCAAAAACACCUACUCUUCUGUAAGGAGUUUGUGGGAUAAUACUGCUGUGGUUACAAACUUCAAGAUGUAACAUUAGAAUGUUACAUCUUGAUUCACAAGCAUGAUUCACAAGUUGAUGAGUAGUCUUCUGUUCACUCUUACUCAUUUUAUGUCUUGGAUUAUCCGUGUAGAUGUCUUCAUCGUCAUUUUUCAAUUGUUGACAAAUAUUCUGCUUUAGCAGUUGAAUUUCACAGUUCUUUUUGGAAAUCUGGGCAGAAUGAAGAUGUGUUUGAAAC